ACACGUCACUUACGUCGCGUCGACAAUCGAAAUGUCAGUCUGGCAUUGUAGUUUGGGAACUUGUGUUUGCAGUUGUAAAAGUGGCGCUUUAUUUAAUACGAUUAUGAUAUAGAUCAACAAAACUGAUCACGAUGGUAGAUGAAAGUACAAGGAAGACAUUGAGCAGCAUACCCCUGCUCCAAACAAAAGCAGGCCCAAGAGAUAAAGAAUUAUGGGUGAAUAGAUUAAAAGAGGAAUAUCAAGCCUUAAUUAAGUAUGUUCAAAAUAACAAAGCUGCAGACAAUGAUUGGUUUCGUUUAGAGUCAGAUAAAACAGGCACAAAGUGGUUUGGCAAGUGCUGGUAUGUGCACAACUUGCUGAAGUAUGAAUUUGAUCUUGAAUUUGAUAUACCAAUUACAUAUCCAACUACAGCACCAGAGUUGGCAUUGCCUGGUCUCGAUGGUAAGACUGCAAAAAUGUACAGAGGUGGAAAAAUUUGCCUUACCGAUCACUUCAAGCCUUUGUGGGCGAGAAAUGUGCCUAAGUUUGGCAUAGCUCAUGCUAUGGCACUUGGACUAGGACCUUGGUUGGCAGUAGAAAUUCCUGAUCUGAUAGAGAAAGGUGUCAUAACUUAUCAAGAGAAAUCAGAAGAGGCAAAAUGAUGUACAGGCAAUGUUAUGAAUUGUGUAUAUAUAGAAUUAUGUACUGAAAAUAUAUGUAUAUUUAAUUUUUUAUGCCAUCUUAAUUUUUUAUUUCAGUCAUUCAUAGAAACACUAUU